AUGGGGCCACUUGAUUUUGAUGCACUUAAAGACAUGCAAAAUUCGGCAAAUGAUCUUCUUCAUUCACCAAUUGUACAACAAGAACUUGUCAACCAAAGAGAAGAAAAAUGGGUUAACUAUGUUUCUGAGUCGUCGUUAAGGAUAUUAGAAGUGUGUGGUAUGUCGAAAGAUGUUCUUUUGUUUGUAAAAGAACAUCUUCAAGAACUUCAAUUUACUUUGCGUAGAGCAAGCAUUGGUGAGGAGGGAAUUGAGGAGAAAAUCACUUCUCAUAAUUGUUAUAGAAAAAAAUUAAAGAAAGAGACUUUGAAGUGUUUGAAGUGGUUGAAGGGUGUGAAAAGUAAAACACUGACUUUGCACCCCCCAAUGAAGGAACAAAAACUAACAUUAGUUGUUGAUGUUUUAAGAGAAGUAAGGAUGACAAGUAUUUCCAUUGUGGAAUCUUUGUUGUCAUUGAUUUCAACACCAUGGUUGAAAUCUAAACAUAGUGGUAAAAGGUCUUUUGCAUCAAAGUUUGUAAGGGGGAGUUUGCAAAAUAGUGAUGAUGAUAUAUUUGAUACUAUGAUGCUUCAAAGUGCAAAGAAAAGGUUAGCAGGGGUGCAGAUAGCAAUUGAAGAUCUUGAGGUUGAGUUGGAAUGCAUGUUUAGACGUUUGAUUCAUACAAGAGUUUUGCUGCUUAACAUUCUUACCAAUUGUGAGGCUUAG